AUGAAAACUUGUCAAAAUUCAUCAGAAAGUUUCACCAUUUAAUCAAAUUAUCAUACUUAUAUAAAGAAGAUGAUAUAGAAAGACGAGUAAGAAUAGAGAUAAUAAUGUAAAAUUACAAAAAGAUGCCAAAUUAUUGAUGAAAUCAAAUAAGAAUAAACUGAUGUGAUUGAUAAGGAUUUAUUAAAAUGUAAAAAUAUGAACUUAUCAUAUUUAAAGUUAAACAAUUAUUUGAUGAAAGAAAUUAUGAUGAAGCCUUUUUAGAGAUAGAAGAAAAAAUCAAGCAGAAUGAACUUCUCAAGGAAAAUAAAAAGAAUAAUGAUGAAUUAUUAAUGCAUAAAUGUAGAAAUUUAUUUCAACUACAAAAGCAAAUGUUUUAAUAUAAUUAGAUAAAUAUGAUGAGUCUCUGGAAUGUAUUAAUCAAGCAAUUACUUUAAAUCCAAAAAAUGAAAAGCUUCUUUAUCACAAAGGUAUAAUUUAUCCACAAAUUAUUUAAGGGAUAACGUUAGUGAAGUUAGAUUAAUAUUAAUAGGCUUUUUAAUGCUUUGAUGAAGCAAUAAAAAUCAAUCCUGAUAAUUAAGCAUCUCUAAUUUACUUAGGUAAAGAUGUUUUUUAUUUCAAUAUAGGGAUAACACUAGAAGGUAUAGAUAAUUAUAAUGGGGCUUACAAAUGUUAUAAUGAAGCUUAGAAGUAUGAUCAGAAUUUUUAGUUAUUAAAUAUUCUGAAAGGUAUUAUUCAAUUCAAUUGUAAUUUUAGCUUCAACAUUAAUUGGUUUAAGAAAAUAUGAUGAAGCUAUUCAAUUGUGUGAUAAAGCAUUUUCGAAUACUGAUUUGGAUAAAUUUGCUUAUACUACCAAAGGUAUCAUAGAUUUAAGUAAAUUUAAGGAAGGGCAUUACUGAUGUAACUUAGAUACGAAGAAGCUAUUGAAAUUUGCGAUAAGGUACUUCAAAUAGAUGAAACUUUAGCUGAAGCCUAUGAUAUAAAAGGUAAGAUUAAUUAUAAAUUUAUUUCUUUUUAGGAAGGAUCUUAGCAAGUUUAUUGAGGCCUGAGGAAGCGAUUUAAUAAUGCCAAAAAGCCAUUCAAUUAGAUUCGAAAAAUUAUGUACCUUACUCUACCAUAGGUAAAUAAUUAUUGAAGGUUAAUUUAGCUGGCGCAUUAAUUUAAUUACGCCGUGAAGAAGAGGCAAUUGAAUAUUGUGAUAUGUCGCUUAAGAUUAACCCAAGAGGCGAUAUAGCUCUUGGCAAUAAGGGUAUCACUAAACUAAAUAAUUAAGGAAUUGCAUUAUUUGAUUUAAAUAGGUUUGAAGAAGCUGUUGAGUGUUUUGACUAGGCCCUUUCUAUAAGAUAGAAUCAUCCUAUAAUAAAUUUACUAAUGGGUAUACUUAAUUUUGAAUAAUCAUUUAGGAACUGCAUUAUUCAAUUUAGGAAUGGAAGAAGAAUCUAUUUAAUAUUUUGAUAUGGCCAUAGAGAAUAAUCCAAAAUGUUUUGAUGCUUAUUUGAGAAAAGGUAAGUUUAAUCUAACUUAAUAACUUAAGGAAUGUCAUUAUUUAAUAUGUAUAGAUAUGAAGAGGCCAUCGAGACUUUUGACUAAUUAAUUUCAUUAGAGCCAGAUAAUUAUUAAGCAUUUUAUCAAAAAGGUAAAUGUGUAAUUUCACAAUUUUAGGAAGGUCUCUAAUUAAUUCAGGUAGAUUUGUGGAGGCAAUUGUAUCUUUAAAUAAAGCCCUUAAACUCAAUUCAAAUGUUUUUUCAAUUUGGAAUUCUAAGGGUAUAUUAAAUUUGACUAAAAAAUUAGGAAGAUUGCUAUUGAAUAUGAAUAGAUAAGAAGAGGCUAUUCUAUGUUUUAAAACUUCAUUUUAAUUAAACCCAAAUGAUAAUGUAGCUAUUGAAUAGAUUAGUAAAAUUUAUAAUCUUAAAUUUUAGGAGAGACAUUAGAGAGUUUAAAUAGAAUUGAAGAAGCCAUUGCUUUCAUUUCUUAAGCUGUAAUAAAUAAUCCGCAAUCUCAUGUUGCAAAAUUUUAAAUGGGUAUAUUUUAAAUCUUAUAAUUAAAGCAAAAACUUUAUUAAGAAUCGGGAGCUUUGAAGAAGCCUUGAUUUUUUCACAAUAAGCCUUAAGUAUGUAACCUUAGAAUCAAUAGUAUUUACAGCUUUAUUGUAAUUAUUUAUAUAAUCUUUAGGCAAAGUUGUAUUUAUGUAGUAAUUGUCAAAAGGAUGUUUGGAAUAAAAUGAAUAAGGGAAUUGA